AGUUAUUUCAGCAGAAAGAUCAUCGGUGGAUCGGCUCAACAAAAAAAUGAUCACACGACGAGGAUCUUCAAGCGACAAUGCCAAAAUGAAGAAGUUAUAGUUUUUACCGCAUCAUUCGACGGCUGGAAAUCGGAGCCUCACAAGUGCGGAUGAAACGUUGACGGUGCAUCGAAACAAGCUCGGUUUAACAUUGGAAGACUUUCCGGAAAAUAGUCCACGACGUCCGUGAGGACUAUAUUUUCUACUUCUAAAAAAACUACGCAGGAACAGUUGCUCCUCACAGUUCUGGAGAAAAGGAAAUCUGAACAGCAUCUAUUAGUAUUAAAAAGAGCCUUUUUAUAAAAUUCCUGAUUUCAUCUGUUCGUCUUCGUUUUGCCCCUGUGAAGACAACCACCACUUUCUACUUUUCGUUUGCAUCAUCUAGAGGAAAAAAGCAAUUUCGGAUGGAAGUUAGAGGAACUUCAUCAAAAAACAAUCUCUAGCAGCAACUGAAUCAAUUGGUUUGUUUGCUACUUCGAGUUCUACUUUAAAAAUUACCCCAAGACUUACUUCGAGCUCUUCGUUCUUUCCAUCUUGCUCUCUCCAAUUCUUCUAUAUAGUUUUUCUCUGCUUUCGUGUUUUUCCCUUUAGAGAAAAAUACAUUUUGGUCACUUAAGAAUUCAACGCAAAAAAAGGGCUUCAUCUCCUUCUGAAGCAUCAAGUACUACACCAAGUUGAAGAAAGCAAAAGCUCUUCGCCCCACAGGGACGCUAAACUCAACUAGAAUCACACGCUGAACCAAAAAAGCAACUUUUACAUAUUAAGUACUUCCCAACAUACCAACAAGAAGUUUGACUUUAUAGUAAAGAAAUUUUUCAGAAGAUUUGUUACAAUGCCAGGCAAGAACAUGUCGCGCGCCGUCCGUGUCUCGUCCUCGCCCUCGUGUGGGCCUCAUCAAGACAGCAUGAUCGGCAACGGCGGAAUUACUAAUCGCGUCGUGGUCGUCUCGCCAGCGUCAGCAGUUCGUGAGCAAGUACAACAAGUAGAACCCCGGCAAGUUGUCACCACCAAAAACAAAAAUGCAGCGCGGCUGUCGCCCUCGUGGUCGGGGUCCCGCAACAUGAAGACGGGCCUGGGUUGUUCUUAUUCCGCUCUACUUUCUCCUGCACUCCUGCUUUUGCUGAGCAGCCUCCUGGUCCUCGUGCGGGAACGGGAAGUAGGCAACUUCAGAAGUUUGUCUGACGUGUUCUUGGGACAACUUCUGCGUGAAGAUCACCAUCUUCAGGUGACUCGGGGCGCAGACGGAGGAGCAGGAGGACUUGGACUGUUGCUCUUCGCCCAGGCCGCACGACCAGAAGGACAAAAGACCGGGCUUGCGCGUGGAUUUCUACUAAAGGAACCGAAAACUGCUUCCCGUCGCGCAAGUACAAGUACUGCUGUUACCUUACAACCAGGGACGGGGGCUCCUGGGGCUCCGCCGGGCAAUAUUGAUCCUGCGGGUAGAAGCUCCUGCGCCGGAGGCUCUAGUGCCGCUUCGGAUAGUAGAACUAGUCUUGCCGCCUCCGAACCACGCGGAUCGGAGACAGACCACAAGGACUGGCUGAAGGCACAAGUACAACAACAACCUGAAGGUCGUCGUUCUCGUGGCGAGGAGGACUGGGAACGGGUGCUGAAACAGUUUGUGGCUAACCCUCUCCCACCCACUAACACUAUUCCUGAACAAUUUCAUUUUGCAACUGGGCCUGUCCCCAGUACACCCACCCGAUCAGACGACGAUCCUGGAACAAAGAAGCAUGUUGCCCCACGAACUGGCACCGCCACGUCGCCCACUGCAAGAAGCACGAGUAAGGGCAGCAGGGGUCGUCGUGGUUCUACCUCAUCUUCAUUCCCGGAGGUCCCUGGCUUUGCACGUGGAUUUCUAAACAAACCUUGUUCCCAUCGCGGGACGAGUACUGCUGUUACCGCACCAGGGGCCGCGGGAGCGGCUGCUCCGCCGCCGGGCAAUAUCAAUCCUGCGGGUAGCUGCGCCGGAGGCUCUAGUUCUAGUACCGCUUCGGGUAGUAUUAACAGUAGUCUUCCCGCUCCGGGACAACGCUCGAGCACGACGGACGACGCCGCGGCAGAUCCUAGUCAUACGAGGUCGUCGUGGUGCGAAAUAGAAAAGCCGCCCGGUCUCCGUCAUGAGUUUACUAGUAUUCAUGAGAAACCUGGCUCACCUCUGACCGCCGCUGAGGAAGAGCAGUUGCGCAAAUUUCUAGAAGAAGCCGCAAAUCCAAAUGCCGAGUAUGAUCUUGAAGACGAUAAUAAAAAGGUCGUCGUCCCGCGAUACCACUACAUGGAAGCGGGCAAUUUACUGACGCCCGAAGGUUUGGAGGCGUGGAAAGUCAAAAUGCGUCACCUGCUCCCCUCGUCAGGAGGCCCGGACUAUGAUCCUGGAACAAACGCCGCGUCGUCCACGGAGAAUCCGCCACGACCUGGCACCGCCACGUCCUCGCCCACGGCAAGAAGCACGAGUAGGGGCAGUAGGGGUGGUCGUGGUUCUACCUCAUCUUCAUUCCCGGACAAACCGAAACCUUCCCCUUCUGCCCGUCGCAGGACGAGUACUGCUGUAACGGCACCAUUGGCCGCGGGGGCGGCUCCGCCGCCGGGCAAUAAUGCUGCAGGGGGCAGCGCGGGAGGCUCUAGUACCGCGUGGAGUACAACUAAAACUAGUCUGUCGUCGAAACCACCAUCGGGCACGACUGACACCGCGGCCGCGGGCCCCACGAAAGCGUCAGGGCCGGCACGGACGUCGAGGCACGAAGAAGUCGCAGAACUACAGCUGCGUCCGGGAUCCUCGUUCAACGAGCAUGUAGUUGCCCCACCUGGCUCUGGCACCACCACGUCCUCGCCCACUGCAAGAAGCACUAGCAAGGGCAGAAGGACCACGUCCUCGCCCACUGCAAGAAGCACUAGCAAGGGCAGAAGGACCACGUCCUCGCCCACUGCAAGAAGCACUAGCAAGGGCAGAAGGGGUCGUAGUCGUUCUUUCUCAUCUUCAUCCCCGGAGGGCCGUAUGCGACGCGGAAGUUGUCGUGCAGCAGCCGGUAGUCGUAGUGGUCACUCUCCUCGUUCCUCCAACAGUCGCAGCAGGAGCAAGAGUCCGAGUCCCGGACGACCCGCAAGAGCAGGAAUAUCGCAAGCACUAGCAGCGCCUGCUACGCACUUAGAUACUGUUCCGCCGAAUCAAGGUGUUGAACCAUCAUCCGAGCUCGCCCUGGCCGUGCAGAACAUCGCGACGAGGAGCCACCAGACGCUCGCCCGCAGCUGUGGCAGCAGUGAGGGAUCUGCAGAUGACACCGAGGACUAUGACAACGACUACCCGAGGGCGCCGGGAAAAAGCUUUUUUCCAAGCCCGCGGCAGAGGUUGAGGCAGGAGGCUAAGACGACCCUAAAUGCGAAGAAACUCAGCGACGAGAAGGAAUUUUACAAGUUGAUCGGAACAGACACCUGGAUUCGCCGGCUGUAUCAAGUGUCGAAAAAUUUCGCGGGUUUCUUUCAAAAUAAGGACCAAAACACGUACGGACCAGCCAUAAAAUCCCGCAGAAACUUGUACAACGCACAUGACAAGCUACCUAAGCCUGAGCAGUUCGUCCGUGCGGACGAGAACACAAAAACAAGCAAACAGCAGGAGCGCAAAAUCUACGAGCUGGUUGCGAUCUGGAUGAAGGAUUGGGUGAAGGCCGACAAGAAAGGCGGGAUUUUUACGGCCGAUGAGGAGGAGUUUGUCCAAAUAGUUGUGGAAACCCUGACCUACUGGAACGUGACUAGACCAGCAACCGAACAACAAACCGCAGAGCAAACGAACAACAAACCGCAGAGCGAACGAACAAACCCAGGGCCCGCAAAGCAAACGAACGAACAAACCGCAAAGCAGAGCGAACGAACAAAGCGCAGAGCGAACGAACAAACUCAGGGUCCGCAAACGGAAAAACCGCAGAGCGACGAGGACGGUAUAUCCGACGAGCACAAGUACAGCGUCCACCAAGAAGUGCUGCUUCAAAUCGCAAUGCAGGCGACCAUAUGAACUGCAAAAGUAUCGUAUUCGUAUAAAUGCAUGACAAAUUUCCUCAGCAUGAGAGAUAAAAUUUGUAAUGCGGAUUUACGUCCAGGAAAAAAUGCAUGACUGCAAUUAUACGAGUGCGAUACUUUUGCACAGGAUAGACCACUGUCUUCUUCACGUGGGCGGGGAAGGGAAACCCACAAGUAGACGCCGAGACCCGGCCUUUGCUUCAAGCCGUGCAAACGUUACUGUUUCUGCUCGCGCGACCGGUGUUGCGGAAGGAAGUAACAGAUUUGCGCGGCAACAUGCAAAUCGGGAAGCGCCUGCUGUGGCGAAAGCCCCAACUUUUCCGCUUGGACCAGUUUCAGACGAAGACUCGCGAUACAGUGGUCGACGUCGAUGCUAAUGUUCGGAUUUAUGUCGUGCAAGACAGAUUUUUAGAGGGAGCUGCAGCAACUCCCUGUGCCUCCUGUGAUGUGCGCCGGGACGAGGGGGGCGCAGCCGGAGCCACAGUUGCAGACAGCGCCACCGUUGUUUUCCUACCUGUGCAGCUCAUGCAUACUCGAGAUGACGAGUAUAGUCGGAGUUACAGCUUCCCAUUCUCAUUUUUUGAGGCGCCUAAUGCUUGUUUGACUGUGUCGAAGAGGACCGCAAAACAAGAAGUUCACCGAGCAGGCACUCCUGCUGUACCACAACUACAAGUUGCUGGGACUCAUCUCCAAACGAGGGGGCCUUCGAAAACCAACGACGAAGAGUCCUCCGCGCUGGCCGCCCAGAAUCACGUGCACCGGCAGAUAUAUUUUCAGAAUGGCCAGACCCUGGAGCAGCGGGCUGUGAUGCUACACUUGAUCCACCCAUGGGAGGCGUUUGCGGUGUGGGAGAGAAACAAAAAACCGGCGUCGUUGGGAGAGGAGGAGAGCCGCAGUCUGGGCGCGAUGAAAGUCCUUGGCCAGUUCGUGCUCGGGCCUGCACAGGCGGAAAACUUGAAGAACACGAGCAGCUAUCAAGCCUUCGAGAGGAAAUUCCUAGAUGUGAAAGAUAGAACACGCUGGCCCCCUUGCCCCGGACCCGGUAGUAUAAGUUCCUACAUUUUGGUGGUCAGCUUCACCGGCGGCUUAUCCGACAGCUUCCAGAUUCCCGGAGAGCUCAUCACGCUCUCUUCACCAGAGGAUCACUCCGUGUUUCAGCGAAUUCUCGACAACAACAAGGCACUGAGCGACGCUGUGGCAAAAAACCAAACGGCGUUGACCGUCGCCCUUUAUCAACUGCAAACUUGAUAUAUCGAAUUUGGAUUCGCAAUCUACUUUCUCUGGGGCUGCAGCAAGUAUAGAAAAAAAUGAACAUCCGCACAUGAAGAUGAAGAUGGUUCUAACAAUACUCCUUGAUGAGAUGAAGUUGUCAGUUUGUUGUAUUUGUGUACGUAAAUAAGUUUCAACAGUUGCGUUGCAACAAGCAGCGCAGCUUCACAGAAUCGUGCUGGACAACUAGAACAGCUGCGAAAGCUGUGUCACAGAGCGUCGACAUGCACAUGCUGCAUACUCGUCAACAUUAACAUAAGCACUUUCUUUCUCCUCGCAGACACAGACCCAGCGAACGAUGAAAAUCUUCGAUAUAUUUUUUUUCCGUUGCACAGCCGCCCGAUUUCCAUGCCCCUUCCAGAAGACGAGUGUGAGGAAGUGAUUCAGGCGAAUCUAUUGAGAGCGCAGCAAGAAGACGCCAGCUAUGGGCGAGAAGAACAGCAGGCGAGCCUGGAGUAUUUUCCCUUUUCGAGUGAAGAGCAGGCGCGCGCGCAUGUCCGGCAGGAGUUGAUGGAAGCCAUGGGGAUUGAAGAGGCAGAGUUGGCCGCUGCGAACUCGGCGCUUGAAGAGGAAGCGAGAAAAAGCAAAGAGCUCCUGCGAGAACAAGAACUUCCGUCCGGGCCAUCCUCAGCACCAGCUGCACCAGCCAGUGCCGUGGCGCAGUUUCGUGAAGACGAGUUAGGCCAGCCUGCGCACCAGAUGUUGAGCAGGCGGAGCGAAGAGCAAAUUGCCGAAUCUUCCUUCACCUUGCGCGCCAAAGCUGCAUCUGCCCAUGUUGAACAGAUGAUUGACAAUUUCAGUGGCGAAACAGUGUCGCCGAAACUUAAAGAAGUUUUCAACGACGAAAGGACAAAGUUGGAACAAAAGCUGCUCGAAUGGCAACAAAAGUGGAACAAGCAGGCGAACGAGAUCCGGCCGGAAGCGUCGGCGCGACAUCCUGACGCGCCGCCUUCUGACCAAAAGAAAAACAAGUUUGCGCAGAAGCGGGAGGAGCGAAGACAGGCCGCGGAAAAGAAAGCCCAGGCGGACCGGGAAGAGCAGAGAAAGCGGCUUGACACAGCGAAACAGACCGUCGUGCAGCGCAUUGUGGACCGGGUCAAGAAAAAUUGGAAGAUUGUCAAGGAACUGCGGAAGACCAGCCGGACUCUCAGUCAGGCUGCAGGAGCAACUACCACACAUGGUGAAGGACCGCACACUGCUGCCUCUUCAGCGACGAUGGUGAGAGAAAAAGCGCCGCACUGGACUGUGAAGGGUUCGCAUUUUGUGUUGCAUGCCCCGGGCCAGGCGGCCGUCACCGUGCGCAGGCGGCACAAGGGCGAUUACUAG